AUGUCAAAGAAACCGAUCAAAGGUGGUAAAAAUUCAAAAACCAACAAGGAUCCUGAAAGUUCUGCAACAAACAACGGUCCAGUACAGAGGGAUACAAAGACAGGAAAUUUAAUCGUGAAGAUUUUAGCUAAACCGGGUGCAAAAACCAGCGGAAUCACCGAUGUUAGCGACGAAGGAAUUGGGUGCCAAAUAGCUGCGCCACCAAUCGAUGGUGAGGCGAACACGGAAUUGAUAAAAUAUUUGUCAAAGUUAUUGAACAUGCGAAAAAGUGACGUCAGUCUAGAUCGAGGAUCGAAAUCGCGACAGAAAACGAUCGUGCUCGACAAAAGUGGCUGCCAACAUAGCCCGGAACAGCUGUUAAGCAUAUUUCGAACCGAAGCGACCACGGAAACGUAA